AUGCUGGGCCUAUCAAAUGGCGAGAUCGGACUGCUCGUCUUUCUGGGAAUCGUCGCCUUCGGCCCCAAGGAUAUCCCCGUGAUAGCUCGGGCAGCUGGACGCCUCACGGGACGAGCCAUGGGUUUUGUCCAUGCUGCCCGAACCAAAUUCAGCUCUUUCGCCGACCAGACACAACUAUCCGAGUUGCAGCAGGAGGUGCAGCAGGCGAUGGCACAGCUGCAAGCCAUUCGGCACCAGCUGAACUCAGGAGUCAGCCUGCUGCACAUGCCUCCCGCUCCCCAUGCACCCCCUGCACCCCCUGCUGCACAUGCAUCACAUGCAGCCUAUGCACCCCAUGCAUCACAUGCACCCAAUGCACCCGAUGCUCCCCAUGCUGCACAUGCAUCGCAUGCACCAUAUGCACCCCACGCACCACAUGUAUCACACACACCUGCUCCAUCCGACAUGCCAUCAGCACCCAACACAUACCCUUCACCCACACCGCACCCCACAAUUCCCCAUGCCACACUAGGUGCCUCCCACACUACACCGCGUGUACCCAUGGACUUCCCACCCGUAGACCUUUCCAGACACAUGUCUCCCGCUGUAGCUGCUGCUGUAGCUGAAGCUUCUGCUUCCGCAGCUUCAGGGGCAGCAGGGGCAGCAGAGGCAACCGGGUCAGGAGUAGUGGCAACAGUCGGAGGAGUGGCAGGAGCACCAGGAGCAGGGUCACCGGGUGGCAAUGACUUGCCUCCAUGGGUUCUGCCCGUCUCUGCUGCUGCCGCUGGUUUGCUGCCUCCAAAGAAAGGUGGAUUUGCUCUGAGUGGGUCUGAUAUAAUGGCAGAAGCUCUAGCAGAAGAAAGGGUUGCGCGGCAGGCACACACAUUUGUAUCCAGCAGCAUUGCCGAUUUUGUUCCCAGUUUGUCAUUCGAAUCGGUUCUGCUAUCCACCAUGAAGAAACGAACGGGCUUCCAGGUCGCGACGCUGAAAUCGCCUCCUCCGCAGGCGAAACCAGCUGAGGAGAAGAAGACGCCGACGAAAGCGCCUAGCGGUUCUUCGAGUUCAUCCAGCUCAGGCUCGUCAAGCUCAAGCUCCGACACAACGGCAGCUGUGACAAAGGAAUGCAAGGGCGACGAAGUGACGUCUGUGCCACGACCUCCUCCUGUAGAUGGUGCGACGAAUCAGGCCCCAGAGCCAUCGAAAUGCUCGACUCCCGAUGUUGCAAAGGAGGGAGUUGAAGACAAGGGGAAAUCGAAGUCUCCUGCUGCCUCAUCAAGCUCGUCGGGCUCUGGCACGACUGAGAACGGGAAGGAAACCAAGUCAGACACUGAUAUUGAAGUUCAGUCGGAGAAAAAAGAACCGGCGAAGGCCCAACCGGAAGACACUGCGCAGGCCACCACCCCAACCCUUACGGAGCUGUAUGACAAGGUGGAUUCAAAGAAAAAUGAUUCAAAGUCCCUUUUGGAGGUCAAUGACGCAUUGAAGACACUGGAUGCAAUGACUUCAAAACCUGAUGGUGCGGAAAGCGUCAAAAGUCCACAUGGCUCACAGAACCAGUCGAAGGGAGCGGCCACUGAACCGAUGGGGAAGGCACACACUGACGAAGAGAAGAAAGUUCCUGAAAAUCCAACGAGUGAUGGACCACAGCAACCCGAAAAAGGCUUAAAGGUUGAGAGAAAUGAUGCAGUCCAGUCAGCCAGUGAUGUUGCUUCUCCAACAAAAGAAGAAACAACAGUGGAGGCAGCAGUCGUUAAGGGUUCUGAUGCUGGCGUUCAGAAAAGUGAAAGUUCUGCUGAACCUGUCAAACAUGCGGAGGUUGCCAACAAGGAUAAUAACAGACCCGAUAAAGACACCGACGAUUGUGAAAAAGCUAAGGAUUCAAGUGCGAAGAAGUUGUCCAAGAAGGAGGCAUCACCAGGAAAGUCCCACAAACGCCAAGCGGAUAGCAAGCCACCAAGGGCUCCUACGCCUUAUAUUAUAUUUUCCAAUGACAUUCGAGAGUCCAUCAAGCAGAGAAAUCCUGACAUGAAGCCAACAGACAUCAUGAAGGCAAUCGGUGAACAAUGGCGGAACCUGCCCAAGGAGGAGAAAAAGACCUACGAGGAUAAGGCAGAGGCGGAAAAGUCCAAGCUUGGACUAGAACAGGGUAGCACCAAUGGGCCAGCCUCCGCACACAAAGGAACAAAAACAAAUGUUAAAGCUACAGCUAAAUCGAAAUCGAGAAGUGACAGUGAUAAGCCUCGUUUGGGAAGACACGGUCAACCAAACUCAAAGCCUGCUCAAGGCAUCCUUCAAGAUGGAUUUAUUGUCUUCUGCCUUGAAAACCGGGGCCGGGUUGAGGAGGGGUUGGGGGAAGGAGCUACUUUGGCAGAUAUUCAACAAGAACUUUCGAAAGAGUGGGAACAGUUAGGCUUUGACGAGAGGCGGAAGUACAUGAGUGCCGCUAAUUCAACUGCAGAUAUUGAAGUCAGCCCAUCGAGCAUGACAGCCAAUCUCGAUCCAGCCUUAGCAUCGUCCAUAUCAGAUGCUAUUGUUGCUGGUUAUAAGAAAAGCGAGGAAGGAGAUGUUGAGUUUGUGCUGGCACAAACACUGGAAGGUGACUUUGUGACUAAGAGGAAGAGACUGGACUAUACGGAUCUUGACUAUGAAGAGGCUAAGAAGCACAAAUCCGGCACUGAUGUUUCAAAUGCUAUCAGCGCAUUCAAGAGAAGGAAGCGACAGUUUUAUGCUGAGAUAGAGCAGCGAACUGUAAACGGCGUCCUGGACCUUGACGACAUUUCCGCAGGCAGCAUGCUUGAGACCCUUGCCUUUCUUGGGAACAUGCGUGAGGAUGUAUUUCCUACCACGAAUUCCAAGCUCCAGUCUCCCGAUGUUUGGAUGAAAGUACCAACGCUAGGCCUCUGUCUGCUGGUUCAGAAUCUUCUGGAUGGCGAAAGGCAGUAUAAAGCAGUGCUGGUGCAGCAGCUUGAUGAAGCUAAGAAAAGAAUUACAGAGCUGGAGAGCAGAGCGGUGAGGAUGGAGGAGUGA